AGAAUGACCUUCACAUCCAACCUUACCCUCAGAAUGACCUUCACAUCCAACCUUACCCUCAGAAUGACCUUCACAUCCAACCUUACCCUCAGAAUGACUUAAAAUUCCGAGCUUAUCCUCAGAAUUUCCUUAACUCUCUGCCCUAUGAGGACCCCAUUGCCCCUCGCUCCCCCCUGAACGACAUGACCAACCUACACCCGAAACUCAGGUCCUUCUCGCCCUCCAACACCGCCAAGGAACUCCAACACUCAAGUUAUUCCUUCACUCCCGAGGUCCUCCUUCACUCGAAUCACCUUCCCGUCUCGUCCCCACUCGAUCUCGGGCCUCGAGAUGGUCGCCCGUUCGAAGACGAUGUGUUCUCUAUACACAACGAAGGAAAGGGAGGUGGUUAUCUGCAGCCUCGUCCGAACCGGGUCUUCAGUCAAAAUGUUUACAUUAGGCCUGUCCACAAGCGGGGUAACUGGUACUUCCUCGGUCUGCCACCCACGGUUCCUCGACACACUCCCUUCAUGCAUUUCGUGUAUGACCUGCAACCUCCUGCCGACUUCGGAUACCCAGAUAAGCGCUUUGCAGACGUUGAUGAGAUGUGGUACCAGCCUAAUGAAUUUAGUCACAACACACUUCGGAAGCAGCGGCUGGGUUGGUGAAAUGCAGCAAGGAGGGAGCAGGCAAGCAAUGGUGUGUAGUGAUGUAGCCUGUACUAGUGAAGAUAAUAAAGAUCUGUGUUAAA